AGUACAGAAGACGUGAUCAGGGUCACAGCCAUUGCUGCUUCUCUACAGGAUCCCAGGCACCAAGAUUCCAGGAUGGAUUAUAAGAAGAUAGCGGAUGAGAUUUCCCAGAAGAUUUUAUCCUAUAGUGAGGAUACCUCGGGCUGGAAAGUGGCCAAAUCUACAAAUGAUAUCGUUGUUUCAUGGAAACCGUCCACCGAAUACUCAGGAAAUAUAUACCGCGGAGAAGGGAUAAUCAAAGAAGUUCCAGAGAAAGUCAUUCCAUUUCUGUAUAUUGAUGAACACAGGAAAAAGUGGGACAAAUCCUUGAAAUUCUACUCCACUCUAGAGCACAUUGACCAGGACACUUUGAUCUGUCGCACCAUCACACACAGUUAUGGGAUGGGGCUUAUUUCCUCCAGAGAGUUUGUGGAUCUAGUACACAUUAGGAGAUAUGACGGAGGAGUCGUCACCACUAAUGCCCUCAUUUAUAUUGAUUAUGAAAAAUGCCCAGAAAAUUCCUCAAAUGUUCGAGGCUUCAAUUACCCAACUGGAUAUAUAUGUUCACCGCUGCCUGAGAACCCGGCACAUUCCAAGCUUGUGGUCUACAUCCAGACAGAACUUGGUGGUCUUCUACCGCGAUCUGUGGUGGAGUCGGCAUUACCCAGCAACGUAAUCGGCUUAAUCACCAGCGUUCGGGAAGGAAUCAAACAUUUUUAGCAGGA